AUGGCUCAGAUCAACAUCCAGCAAAACGGACUCGGCCUCCAACUGCCAAGCUCCAGUGGAUCCUCUGCAUUGACGACCCCUCGGCGCACCGCUACGCCCAACCCCGGCCCCCCCUCUGGUCUCGUCGUCUUUUCAGGUGGAAGCGCCGCGAACAAUCUCGUCGACGUCUUUGAGAGUGUCCGCGAGGCUAACCAGUGCACGCUCAGCUACGUCAUUCCCAUCUCAGACAAUGGCGGCAGCAGCAGCGAGAUCAUCCGCGUGUUUGGUGGGCCAGGUAUCGGAGACGUGAGGUCGCGUCUGGUUCGUCUUAUUCCGAAUGAUGGGAGUCCUGAGACGGCUGCUAUAAAGCGCUUCUUUAAUCAUCGCUUGCCCAAGGCAUACACUGAGGCGAGGUCCGAAUGGUUCGAGAUUCUAGAGGCCACGCAUUCAUUAUGGGACGACAUUUCAUCACCGAAACGCGAACUCAUCCGGUCUUAUCUCAAUAGCUUCAAUCUUGAAGUUGUGAAGCGCAUGAGACCUAGUAGUCGGUUCGACUUUUCUGGCGCCAGCAUUGGGAAUCUGUUCCUCACUGGGGCUCGCCUCUUUACUGGUAGCUUUGAGGCUGCCAUUUAUCUCUUGAGCUCCAUUUGCUCAGUGCCAGAUCGGAUAGCAGUUCUUCCUGCUCUUAAUACCAACUUUGCCAGUCAUAUCGCUGCAGGCUUGGAGGAUGGGACAAUAAUCACAGGCCAGAACGAUAUCUCUCAUCCCAGCGCGCCAACUGCCGCUGUUCCCGGGACAUCAGCUGGCCUUCACAGCCCGACAGUAUCGAGACAUGAGGUGUGGGAUCAUCAUCAUGUAGAAGAUGCCAACCUUCCGGGAACUCUACCAGCGCUGCGACGGCCUGCUAUCGCCUUCUCCAAGGAACAGGAAGAGGACUUGCCGGCGAGAAUAUCCAGGCUCUGGUACAUCAAUCCAUAUGGCGAGGAGAUCAAGAUGCCUGCCAACCCACGUGUCUUGGAUGCACUUCGCUCAGUACACAGCAUAGUGUACAGCAUUGGAUCCCUGUUUACAUCCCUCAUCCCAAGCCUUGUCCUCCGCGGUGUGGGGGAUGCCAUUGCCAGUCCUCAGAUCCGGAACAAGAUUCUCAUCCUCAACGGUACUACCGACCGAGAGACAGGUCCCUCUACGGUUCCCUUUACUGGUCUCGACUUUGUCCGCGCUAUCGCCAAUGCCUGCGCCGAAUCAAGAGGUCUACUAAAGAUAGAACAAGAUGAGUUCUCCCAGUACGUAACGCACGUCAUCUACAUCGAAGGUCCAAAUUCGCCCAAGGUGGAUAAGCAACAGUUUGGGCUACUUGGAAUCGAUGCGACAAGACUAUACGGACCCAAGGAUGAGACAGGCAGAGGAGGAAAAUACGACGCCAAGGCGUUGACACAGGCGCUCGAAUCCAUCAUUGGGAGAAAGGAUGCUCGGUCUGAUAGGAGUAGACGCAAUACUCUCGUGGGAUGA